AUGAACCACGAUGACUCAAAGAAUUUCCAUAACUCCAAAAAAAGGGUAGUGCAGAUAGAUCCCUUAGAAAUAACGGAAUCGUUGGGGUUCCAAACGUACCGAAAGGGUGUUCGAAAACCGUGGACUAAAGAGGAGGACACUGAGCUUUCAAGCUUGGUGACAAAUGAAUUCCAACAAGGUAGAGACUUGGAAACGAUUGACUGGGACAAUCUCGCCAAUGCCCUUUCGCUGGAUGGUUUGAGGAAGGGCAAGGAUUGCAGGAAGAGAUGGAGCAACUCUUUAGAUCCCAAUCUUCGAAAGGGAAAAUGGACGCCUGAAGAAGACGAGUUAUUAGUCAAGGCGUUUGAAAAGUUUGGAUCUGCUUGGUUAAAGGUUGCGCAAGAGAUCAAGGGCAGGACUGAUGACCAGUGUGCGAAGAGGUACGUUGAGGUUCUAGAUCCCAAGACCAAGGACCGUUUGAAGCCGUGGACGGAGGAAGAGGAUCUAUUGUUAAUAAAGCAGGUCAAACUCAAUGGCACCAAAUGGAGAACCAUAUGCAGUGCCUUUGAGAGCAGACCAUCUUUGACGUGUCGGAAUAGAUGGAGAAAGUUGGUAACGGAAGUUGUGCGUGGGAAAGCAAGUGUUAAAAUAAAAGAAGCGGUGGAGAGCGUUACAAAUGGAAAUUCGUCGUCGGUGUUGGAAACAUUGAAUCGCCAGCAAGAGGAGCUUGCCAAGUCGCAAGCAGAACCUGACCAGAGAGGGAACGUGAAAAGACGGAAAACCAAGAACGUUGCUGCGCACCCACAAUAUCCGUCGGCUCAUAAUCCACCAUUGAGUACAAAGUCUGAAACCGAGUGGCUCUAUUCGGUUAACCAAGGCUCGAACAAUCGUUUCCCUGGCGCUCAAAGUAAGCCACACGUGGGGUCUAUAAGUAGUAGCGAGCACGUGAGACAUCUAGUGGAGUAUGCCAAAGCCAAUGGGGUUGAAAUUUCAAUACAUCAACAUAUUCACCAUCAUUACUCCCAGAACUCGAACACAUCGCUAGGUAAUGAACUCACAUCUCCUGGAAGCUCCACAACCAGUGGAACACAUAUUCUAGAGCCGGAAGAACAAAUUUCGCGAUUCCAACACUUUAAUUAUCUACCACCAAUGACGCAAACUCCCAAGUUGAAUUCUUCUACUGAACAACUGAAAAAGAACGACACAACUCAGCAUCACCACCACCACCACCAUCAUCAUCACCAUACAGAAAGUGGUGAUAAAACCCAGUCUCAACAUAGGGCUAAAUUCACAGGCGAUGCCGACUCGAUGAAGGAGUCCAAUCUUCAGAGAUUGCUAAACGCCGAGGAAUACGACGGGGUUCAGAUGGCGUCCGAAGCAAACCCAUUGACGCCGUUGACACGAGCAGCCGAGAUAGUUAGGACAGCAGCAAAUGGAUCCACAUAUACCGCAGCAGGUGAUUUUAAUAAUAAUAAUAAUGAUUUUAGUGGUAUACAAAAGAGCUUUUCCUAUGGUCAGCAAGCCAAUCAAGUCUCAGAAAAUUCAGAAUUUUGGAAACUGGCCAAAACUGCACCGCACCGCGAAAUCAGGCAUCACCAAAACGGCGGUGGUGGAAGAGAGCAUUCUAUAAAUAAUCGCACAAGUUCCAAAGUUGGAGAUGCUUCACACAGCUUUGGACAGGUGACUGCUUCAAGCCAGAAUGUGUUGCACUACCCUGAUAACUCAUCAAAUGGAGCCAAUAACAGACUGCAAUACCAGUCUGGAUAUGCAAGCCAUACUAACAAUGAUGGUGAGAGGGAAGAAGAUGCGUUGGCAAGAGAAUUAGAGGAAGCCGGUGUUGAUGAAGAUGUCUUGAACUCAUAUGGAUUGUUCUACAAUGUUUACACAAAGGAAGGAUCGACAUUUCCAGAUGCACAACCCAACCAACAACCGCAGCAACAAAAUGCGUAUGGAAGAGACGGAAGCUCUUAUGAUCAGUGGGGUAGUGAUUUCAUCAUACCUUUUAAUCCAUCCUAG